CGACACGACUACUACGAGCACACUUGACUGCUUAACAACCUUCUCUCUGGUUACUUGAAUGGCAAUCUCGACUCUUACACUCAUGGACCAGUCAGCGGUUCACUAAUAAUCAUCUCAACCGCAACUCUCCAUCUUCCCGCGAUGAACACAUCUGAAAUAACAUCGUCUACUACAUCUCCUCCGCACUUUCGACUACCUGUACCUACUCCCCCGUCAUCAUGGCUCCUCCGCGUUAUGGAAAUCAGUCCAUAAACGGACCUUAUCACAUUCAACAAAAUCACCUUCAGUCCCACGCGUCCUCACAUCAGCAUGGUGCGCUGCCGCCUCCCACGCACCUGGGCACGCCGUCGUUCGGCGGCGCUGGCUCCUCCAACGCAAGUCCGUUCGCCCUGGCAGGCAACUUGAACAAUGGCUUUGAGCGUGGUAUGCUCGAUGGCGGGCUUCUUCCGAGUCAAAUGGCCCAAAUGGGAUUCUCAAGAGGAGGCCCAGUGCAAGGUCACCAAUCGUACGACGGGCUUGGGGUUCCGCUCGAGAACAAGGACGACGCCAGGAUCCGCAACGUCUGGAAGCAUAACCUCAAGGAAGAGAUGGCGACAUUGAGACAGCUAGUGGACAUCUACCCGUACAUUGCGAUGGACACUGAAUUCCCGGGUAUUGUCGCACGGCCCAUCGGCCAGUUUACCACAAAGGCCGACUAUCACUAUCAAACAUUGCGGUGUAAUGUCGAUCUCCUCAAGAUGAUCCAACUAGGGAUCACUCUUUUCAAGCCUGACGGAACCCUCCCUCCGCCCGACGCCGCUCCGUCGCAGAAGUCUCAAUUCCACCAAACUGUUCUACCUACACCUUGCACGUGGCAAUUCAACUUCAAGUUCUCUCUAGAGACUGACAUGUAUGCGAGGGAGUCGACACAGAUGCUUUCAAAAGCUGGCAUCGACUUUGACCGGCAUGCGAAACACGGCAUCGAUCCCAAUGACUUUGGCGCCCUGUUGAUCAGUUCUGGUCUGGUGCUGGACCCUGAUGUGCAUUGGAUCUCUUUUCACUCGGGCUAUGACUUUGGCUACCUGAUGAAGCUCAUGAUUUGCAAGCCGUUGCCAGAGGACGAAGUAACGUUCCACAAGUAUUUGGAGAAGUUCUUCCCUUCCUUAUUUGACAUCAAAUUCAUCCUCAAGCACGCCGGUGUCAAAGGCCAAGUUAACAGCGGACAACCCCUCACCCAGGAGGCGGCGAUGAUGGUCCAGCGGAUAAUGACCAAGUCGGGUCUUCAAGAUAUUGCCGAAGAGCUGGCGGUGGCGAGGAUCGGCCAAGCACACCAAGCGGGCUCGGACUCGUUGCUUACUGGGCAGGUGUACUUCAAGAUGAAGGAGAAGAUUUUCAACGGCACAAUCGAGGAGGAUAAGUACCGCUCUCAGGUCUGGGGACUUAAUGCGCAGAUGCCGACAAGUGGAAAUGUGACUGGUGGCGGAGGUGGAGGGGGAGGGGCGCCUGGGGCGACUCGCGACUUCAAUACUCCAAAUAUGAAUGGAGCGACCUUUUACAACCAGAAUGGAACACCGACGACACCGCAGACUGGUAACAUCGGUAUGGUAGGUGGGGGAGGGCCUUCUUCGCACACGCCUGUCCCUGCACAUACUGGUGGUGUCGGGAUGAUGGGGUCCAUGACACCUGGAGGAUUCGGAAAUUUCCAGUACCAGAAGGCGAUGAGUUAGGGGCCUUCUCCUCGAGGUCGCCGCCGGCGCAGGGGAGGUACUAGAGGACUGGGUGGGAUCACUAGUGAUGGUCCUGGUCAUGGCCCAAAUUCUGGUCUUGACCUGGUACAUGGUCUGGGCCUCGAUCCCGCUUUGGAAAUAAUUCAGCAGCCUCCGAGUCUGUUGGAUCCCGCUCCUGGAACCGAGUACUGGCAAUGGCCCGACCUGCCGCACUUUCAUCAUCUGCCUACGCACUAUCCUCCGGCCCUUGGGCUGUAUUUUUAUCAGUCUCAUUGUUGGCAAGAUCCUUUCGCGCCUCCACCGAUGGAGCCUUGGGACCCUGGGAGUUGAAGAUGCUUUGAUUUGUGUGUACCUAUUAUCCACUUAUCUCACUUUCCGUGAGCCCUCUCACUCUCUCGGCCUACCCUGUUUUUGUCUCUGCUGGCGGCGUGGAAAUCAAAUCGAAUCAAAAUGGUAGUCGGCGUUUCUCUGAUCUUUUUUGUUGCUUUAGUGUCCCCCUUUUGGUGCUUCUGAGACGGGGACGGGACCGGGGACUGGUGUCACUCGGGAAUGUACGGUCGUUGGAUGGGAUGGGACGGGCGAGGGCGCGAACGGGAUUGUGGGAUUGGAUUCAGAAUCGAGCCUCGAGAAGUGGAAGCGAGAGUGGGAGAGGUGGAGGCAGGAUGGAGAGAGAGAACAAGGAGAAAAACAGGACAAAAGAGGUGAGAAAAGUGAAUAUGCAUGCUUGCCGUCCUUUGCGUGUUCAGUCUAUUGCGACUUGCCUUGCCGUGUUCAAUGUCUUGUGUACCGAGUCCUCACAUACUCCCCGUCCUAUGAAGCCUGGGUCCUCGAGUCCUCAGUCCGAGGUUCUAGCUACUACCAGGGACGAAGUAUGAUACAUAGAAAAAAGCAGUGUCUUGAAAGCACUCUUGUCGUCACAUUAAACACCAG